ACGACGGUUGAACUAAGCUCGUGAGGCAUUUAUAAGUUAUAUUCUGCAAGAUCAAUGGGUAAAUAUAAUUCAUUUGUGAGUCCAAAAAUGAAUGUAGCAACUGCAGAUUGCCCCUUUCAUGUUGUUGUUGUCUCUGACAAACAGACUGGACUUCCUGGACAGUGCAUUGCAGCAGCCUCAUGUCUCUGUCAUGUAGAGACUGGAGUAGUGAUAGUCUGGUAGAUGCUGUAUUCAGGACAGUAGGUGAGAGAGGCAGACAGUAGAGUAGGUACUGGAGAGGCUCUAAGCACAUUCAAGUUGUUACUGUAAGUACAUGCCCAAGCCAAGGUCAAGUGCAGAAUGUGUGUGUGUGUGUGUUUACUUUAUGACGCAGUUCAACAGCGAGGGAAUGUUAAAAGCUUUUUUAUGGAUCUAUGGCAGCACGUGUGUGUGUGUGUGUGUGUGUUUGUGUGAAUGUGUGUAUAAAUCAGAAAGAAGUGUCUGUUUAGCAGUUUGGACGUGUCCUCUAAUGCCACGAGACUCCCCUCACACUGCACGUGCCCAGAAACCUUUAUCCCCGCUGCAGUGUCUCCUCUCCCCUCCCAUUCCUUACCAACACUCAGGCAACUGGGCUGCUGUGGGAACCACCUUGGCUCCAUAUGCCAGCACAGCUGCAUCUCCCUCCUCAUGGCUAGAUCCAAGAUGGCGCCCAGUUUCUCCCUGCAGUGACCUGCUUCUCUCACACCCCUGCAGAGGCAGUUGCCCUGACAACAUCAACGACAGCCUGCUAUUGGUUCAAACCCUCUGCAAAUGGACAGCCUUGGUGAUUAUGUAAUGCAGAGACAGCUUCUCUGUGUUAUUGUGAGGAGGACAAUGUUUAUGUUAUUGGUGCCAGGGAAGGCACGUCCAAGGAAUUGAUUAGGCUACACAAUAAUGCAAUAGUGCCUUGAAGAUAUACUGUAUAAAAUUCCAGAAAUCAUCAUAUUAAUCACUUUAUUACAGUGUAGUCUAAUGUUAUUUAACAUUAAUAAAGUUAAUCAGCGGAAUCAGAGUUGUGUAGCUUAAGGGAUCUAUCGCAUAACAUUCUGAUGCCCCCUACAUUCAAAUCAUUGGUUUUUAGCCUAUGUUGAAAAUAAAUACAACUUUCCAUCAUUAGACUUGGCGAUAGGCUCCGAUGAAGAUGAUGCUACUUCAGGUUCCAGUCAUUUACAGUGCGGUUACGGCACCGUCAGCGGCACCGUCAGCGUCUCAGUAAUAGUGACAUGAAGGCACCGCUUACAGCAUCACAGAGAGAGUGGAGCUGGCAGCACAACAUCACAGCCAAUGACCUCAGCGGUUCUGCAGCAGAGAGAGAGAGAGAAGUGAGAGAGAGAGUGAGAGGGGGAGGGGGAGAGAAGCGGUAAUGGUAUGAGACGCUCCUAAUCUAUAACCGGAGACGCAGACGGGACAGGACCGGACCGAGAGUGUUCGGUGCAGCUCCCGGAGCAUAUGUCCGUCUCUGCGCAAGAUGCUCAGCGGAACCGGGGAAAACCAAUCGGGCGAAUAACUCCGUUAGAGUGCCGUUAGGUUAAAAAAGGGAGUCAAAAUGACUAUCCCGAAAGAUAUUCCCGAAAAGUGGUUUCCCAUCGUUCUUCCACUGCAACAGAAGAAACAACAAGGACUAGAUGCUGCUAAAACCAAGAAGAAGUGGACAGAGGAGGAGAGGAGGGUCCGGGCCAAUGACAGAGAAUACAACGAGAAGUUUCAGUAUGCCAGUAACUGUAUUAUGACGUCUAAGUACAACAUCAUCACCUUUCUGCCCGUCAACCUGUUUGAACAGUUCCAGGAAGUGGCCAACACCUACUUCCUCUUUCUGCUCAUACUGCAGUUGAUUCCUCAGAUCUCGUCUCUCUCCUGGUUCACCACCAUAGUGCCUUUAGUCCUGGUGCUCAGCAUCACUGCAGUAAAGGAUGCCACCGACGACUACUUCCGUCACAAGAGUGACAACCAGGUGAACAACCGCCAGUCUCAGGUCGUCAUCCAUGGCUCUCUUCAGAAGGAGAAGUGGAUGAAUGUGAGAGUGGGUGAUAUCAUUAAACUGGAGAAUAACCAGUUUGUGGCAGCUGACCUUCUCCUACUGUCCAGUAGUGAACCUCAUAGCCUCUGUUACAUCGAGACUGCAGAGCUAGACGGGGAGACCAAUAUGAAGGUGCGUCAGUCUCUGUCUGUGACUGCAGAGCUGGGAGACCCCAACAACCUGGCCUCUUUUGACGGUGAGGUGGUGUGUGAGCCUCCCAACAACAAGCUGGACAGGUUCUGUGGUCUUCUGUACUGGAGAGAUUGUAAAUACCCCCUGAGCAACCAGAACAUGUUGCUACGAGGCUGUGUCCUCCGCAACACAGAGACCUGCUAUGGACUGGUCAUCUUUGCAGGCCCAGACACCAAGCUGAUGCAGAAUAGUGGUCGCACCAAGUUCAAACGCACAAGCAUCGACCGCCUCAUGAACACACUGGUGCUCUGGAUCUUUGGCUUCCUGGUGUGUAUGGGUGUGAUCCUGGCUGUGGGGAACGCUGUGUGGGAGAGAGAGGUGGGUUCUCUAUUCCAGAGUUACCUGGCCUGGGACCUGCCUGUAGACAACUUCCUCUUCUCUGCCUUCCUCUCCUUCUGGUCCUACGUCAUCAUCCUCAACACCGUGGUGCCCAUCUCACUCUACGUCAGUGUGGAGGUGAUAAGGCUGGGUCAUAGUUACUUUAUCAACUGGGACAGGAAGAUGUUCUGUCCACGGUGUAACACAGCAGCCGAAGCCAGGACCACCACGCUCAACGAGGAACUUGGACAGGUGGAGUACAUCUUCAGUGACAAGACAGGAACUCUCACUCAGAACAUCAUGAGCUUCAACAAGUGCUCUAUCAAUGGACAAGCCUAUGGUGAGGUGAUCGACCCGUUGGGAGCACAGCCAAAGAGGUUGGACUUCUCCUCCUUCAACCCCCUGGCGGACCCUGACUUCUGUUACUAUGACAACGGUCUGCUGAAGUCGGUGAAGCUGGGAGACCUUCACAGCCACGAGUUCUUCCGGCUGCUUUCCCUCUGUCACACCGUCAUGAGUGAGGAGAAGAAGGAGGGAGAGUUGGUGUAUAAGGCCCAGUCUCCAGAUGAGGGUGCGUUGGUGACAGCAGCCAGGAACUUUGGUUUUGUGUUCCGGUCUAGAACCCCUGGUACUAUCACUGUGACAGAACUGGGCCGACCCGUCACAUACACACUGCUGGCCAUCCUCGACUUCAACAACAUCCGCAAGAGGAUGUCCGUUAUAGUGCGUAACCCCGAGGGGAGGAUCCGUCUAUACUGUAAAGGAGCUGAUACUCUGCUGUUUGAGAGGCUCCACCCCUCCAACCAUCACCUGAUGAACAUCACAACAGAUCACCUUAAUGAGUAUGCUGGGGAUGGUCUGAGGACCCUGGCCCUGGCCUACAGAGACCUGUCAGAGGAGCAGUGGGAGGAGUGGUCAGAGAGACACCGCCAAGCAGACAGAUCUACAGACUGUAGAGAGGACAGACUGGCUGACACAUACGAACACAUAGAACAGGACAUGAUGCUCCUGGGUGCCACAGCCAUAGAGGAUAAGCUACAGGAGGGAGUUCCAGAGACCAUCGCUAUCCUCUCUCUCGCUAACAUCAAGAUCUGGGUCCUCACGGGAGACAAACAGGAGACAGCAGUUAAUAUAGGUUACUCCUGUAAGAUGCUGACUGGUGAUAUGACUGAGGUGUUCAUCAUCAGUGGACAGACAGUGCUGAGUGUUAGAGAGGAACUCAGGAGAGCGAGGGAGAGGAUGAUAGAGUUUGCCCGUACAAGAGAGGGAGGAAAGGAGGAGAGGAUGGAGGGAUGGGGCGAAGCCUGUUCUCUGGGGAAUGGCUUUUGGGGAGGAGGGGGGGACGGGGGAGUGGGGGGGAGAGAGUGGCCCUCCGUGGGGGAGAAACAGCAGCCGUGUCCCCCUCCCCCUGGCCCUCCUCCCCCUCGACCCCCCUCCUCCACCACGCUAGACUCCAUAUCUGGAGAGUUCGCCCUCGUCAUCAACGGACAUAGCCUGGCCCAUGCGUUGGAGGCUGAUAUGGAGGGGGAGUUUGUGUCGACAGCGUGUGCCUGUAGAGCAGUGAUCUGCUGCAGGGUGACUCCCCUACAGAAAGCCCUGGUGGUGGAGCUCAUCAAGAAACACAAGAAGGCUGUCACACUGGCCAUAGGAGACGGGGCUAACGAUGUUAGCAUGAUCAAGACGGCUCAUAUAGGAGUGGGUAUCAGUGGUCAGGAGGGCAUCCAGGCAGUGCUGGCGUCUGACUACUCCUUCUCCCAGUUCCGCUUCCUCCAGCGCCUGCUGCUGGUCCAUGGGCGCUGGUCCUACCUCCGCAUGUGUCGCUUCCUCUGCUACUUCUUCUACAAGAACUUUGCCUUCACCAUGGUGCACUUCUGGUUUGGCUUCUUCUGUGGCUUCUCUGCCCAGACGGUAUAUGAUCAGUACUUCAUCACUCUCUAUAACAUCGUCUACACCUCUCUCCCUGUGCUGGCCAUGGGAAUAUUUGACCAGGACGUCCCAGAGCAGCGUAGUCUGGAGUAUCCUAAGCUGUAUGAGCCAGGUCAGCUCAACCUGCUGUUCAACAAGAGAGAGUUCUUCAUCUGUAUAACCCAGGGUAUCUACACUAGUGUUGUGUUGUUCUUCGUACCCUAUGCCAUCCUGUCCCACGGCACCCAGGGCACCGGGGAACCCCUCGCCGACUACCAGACCUUUGCUGUUACCACGGCCACCGCCCUCGUCAUUGUCGUCAGUGUGCAGAUUGCUCUUGACACAGGCUACUGGACGGCCAUCAACCAUUUCUUUGUGUGGGGCUCUGUGGGCUCCUUCUUCACCAUCAUGUUGGCCAUGCACAGCCAGACUCUGUUCAGCAUCUUCCCCAACCAGUUCCACUUCAUAGGCAGUGCCCAGAGCACACUGGUCCAGCCGCUGGUGUGGCUGACCAUCGCCUUGGCCACAGUGAUCUGCAUCGUUCCAGUUCUGGCCUUCCGCUUCCUCAAACUGGACCUGAAACCACAGCUCUCUGACACGGUGCGUUACACCCAGCUGGUGCGUCAGAAGACGAGGAAGCCGGCGGGUCGAUGCAUGGGAGGAGUCAGGGGCGGGGUCGGGGGCGUGCCUGAGGGUCGUCUGGGGGCGAGGGGCGGGUCCAGGAGGUCGGGUUAUGCCUUUGCCCACCAGGAGGGCUUUGGGGAGCUCAUCACCUCUGGGAAGAACAUGAGACUGUCCUCCCUGGCCCUGGCCAACUUCGCCUCCAGACACAGCUCCAGCUGGAUAGACACCCUGCGCAAGAAGAAACACUCAAACACACACCCCCCGCAGAGCGCCUCGGGAGAGAGCAGCCCGGCACCUAGCUAUGUGUCGGGAUCGGCUCCCCCCUUGUCGAAUUCAUCCUCGCUCCUGGGGGGGUUGCAGGAUACGCCCCUGGAGGAGGGAACACACACGCCGCCUGUCAUACUCCCACAGCCGGCUUGUGUCCCUUCCACAAACACACCUCCAGCGUUAGCUCCAGCCCAGGUCCCCUCUGCCGACUCUCUCACCCCCACCUCGGUGAGGAGUCCUGGGGGAGACUCGGUUGGUGGCUGGAACCUUAGUCUGGGAGCUGUACAGGAUGCUCUGUUUGGUUGGAGGGGUGCCGCCGCUCGCAUCAGCGGAACCAGCAGCCCGGGACCUCCCCCCGUUCCCAAGGAAACUAACCAUGCCGUGUGAGACACAGACAGAUGGACAGAUGAUAGAAAGAAGAAGGACAGAAGGACGGACGGACGGCUGUCAUAUUCCACUGGAUUCUCUAGGAAUACUUGAAGAAUACUGAACUUGGAAUAUUUGGAAUACUGAACAUGGAAUGUUUGGAAUACUGAACUUGGAAUGUUUGGAAUGGCACACGCCCUGGGUUAGGAAGAGAACCAACUUCUCUGUCUUUCUCAACUAAUGAGGCAGACUGAAAGAAGCACUUCUUCAUGCAAAUGAUGUAACCAUCUGCUAAAGACCUUGGUCCCACAGGGACCUGGAGAGAAACCAGACUCCAUCAGCACCACUGUGGUUCAGACAUGACUAUACUAUGUAUAAAAUAGAUCAUAUGUCAUAACAUGAUAUCAGAUGGGUUCAAAACAAAGUAUUGAAUUGAGUCUUUAUGACAGAAGAGAGGUUCAUGUGAUAAUCAAGUGCAGUACAGUAUAUGAUAAUCAAAAAGGUUACUGGUGAAUUGAGAUGAAAUAGCAGAAUGAGAGGUUUUUAUGAUCAACUGUUGUCAUCUGUUGUUAGACAUGGUUCUCCAAUAAACCUGUAUGUAUCCAGCUGUUAACCAAUCAUAUAAAACAUCUCUUAAAUAGGGCAAGUUACGCUAUCUAUCUUCACUAAAAAUGUAUCACACAGUGUAAACCAAUGCGGUGUAAACCGAUGCAGUAGUGUAGAGAUGUCCCUCUAACCUGUGCAGUAUUUCUGGAUGAGGAAUGUCUCUAGAACCUUAUCAGUGGUCAUGGUCUUUGUAUUCAUGAUUACAUAUUGCUGUGUCACCAUGCCCAAAGACUUAGUCAAACCAAACAGUAUUUACCUUUUGGUCUGCACGAUCCUACACUCUUAUGGGUACAUACUAAUGUGCAUUCUCUAACUGUCUGUCUGUCUGACUGAAAUAUUCACAUACAUAGUCCGUCUGUUGUUUUAGGACGAUGAGAGAAUCAGCCAAUAACUUGGCAGGAGACUGAGGGGUUCAGUCAGCCAACCAAUGACUGUGAAGAAUGCAGGAUGCUAGAAUGUUGUAGUAUAUGUCAUCAUAAGUUCAUGGGCAGAGUUUCUGUGUUCACUAUAGUUCUCAGUGAGAACACCAUUUUAACCUUACAGGACACAGCAAGACUCUCCUCAUCAUGUUCUUCUUCAUCCUCCUCCACUGCACCAUAUUGGUGACCUGCUGCUGGGCCCACAGACAGAACUACAGUUAUAUCUCAGACUCUGAACCCCACCAUCUCCUCUCUUAAGAGAGGGGAGAUGGACUUCUAACAAAAACCUGGACCUCCAUGUUGCUUUGGGGCGGACUGACUCUGAGGCGUUGUGAGAGACAAUGGACAAUAAGGUCUUUAUGGCCUCUAUGUUACUUUGGGGAGGACUGAGUGUGUGGAAAAAGUGUGCUAAUAUAGGCUUAUACAGUCACACAGUAACCUGUAGUUACCUAGAGACUGAGCUGGUCUAGGAACAGGAGAAUGUGUUAAUGAAUGGAGGCUUGGGAGGGAGGGAUCUGGGGAUAUUAUUAUUAAGCCUUAAUAAAUCCAGAGUAAUGAUGAUCAACCCAAUUCGUCCCUCUACUAGGCAUGUCAUCAUGUAACGUAUUCUUUCUAUAGAGCAGGGGGGAACAAAUCCAGUCCUCUAGGGCCACUGUAAUGAUGGUUUCACUGUUGUACUCUACAGCAUACAGCUUCUGGUUAGAAAGAUAUAGGGUGAAACCAGGUGAGACAGCUGUUAUACUCUACAGCAGUGGUAUUCAAAGUCCGGGUCUCAAGUGAACUGCAGUUGGGUCGCAGCAAAAAAAAAAAAAAAGUAUAUAUAUUUUUGGAACAAAACAGUACAGAUUAUUGUAUGGGACAAUAUAAAAACGUUUUGGAGAAAGAUCAUUUGAAAAAUAAAAUGUUAUUGAGUAAA